UGGAUAUGGGAAGGGCUUCUCCACUAUAAGACUUGAGCCAGUUACCAGGGCAGACACUGGACAGCAGUGGGAAGAGCUCUGAGCAACUUUUCCGUUACUCUUCUCCCAGCAUCCAGAGUCUCCAAACGUGAUGGGUCGGUACAGAGUACGUGUGGCCACUGGGAGCUUUGCCUUCUCGGGGUCUACCAACCAGGUGCAGCUGUGGUUGGUUGGGCAGCGUGCAGAGGCUGAACUGGGGAUGCAGCUGCGGCCCACUCGAGGACAGAUGGAGGAUUUUGAAGUGGAUGUCUCUGAAGACCUGGGGCCUCUCUUGUUUGUGAAGCUACAGAAAAUCCAUCUCUUCCUAAAGGAUGCCUGGUUCUGCAACCACAUAACUGUUUGGACCUUUGAGAAGAGCAUGGAGAAGGAGAUAGUGUUCCCCUGCUACAGAUGGGUGCAGGGAGAUGGCAUCAUCUGCCUACCUGAGGCUACUGCUUGGACGAUGGGAAAGGAUGUCCAAGGCCUGUUUCAGAAACACAGAGAAGAGGAGCUGGAGGAGAGAAGGAGAUUAUAUCGCUGGGCCACCUGGAAGAAAGGGAUACUCUUGUCAGUGGAUGCAAAAUCAGAGAAAGACCUACCUCUGGAUGUGAGAUUCCAUGAGAAUAAGAAGAUUGACUUUGAAGGAACACUGAUUGCAGGAAUGACUGAGAUUGCCCUUAAACGCACGUACACCCUUCUGAGCUCCUGGAGUAGCUUAGAAGAUUUUGACCAAAUCUUCUGGUGCAGCAAGAAUACCCUGGCUAAAAAGGUACGCCAGUCCUGGAAGGAUGAUGAUUUUUUUGGCUACCAAUUCCUCAAUGGGGUCAACCCCACAGUACUGAGAAGGUCUACCUCACUCCCCACACGACUUGUGAUCCCCCCAGGGGCAGAAGAGAUUCAGAUUCAGCUGGAAAAAAAACUCCAGGAGGGCUGCCUCUUUGAAGCUGACUUUUCCCUGUUGGAUGGAAUCCAGCCCAAUGUGAUCCAGGGGGAGAGACAGUACCUAGCUGCCCCCCUCGUUAUGUUUAAGAUGGAGCAUGAUGGGAAGCUCCUACCCAUGGCCAUCCAGCUCCAGCCUCCCUGCUCUAGCUCUCCAGUUCCACCACUCUUCCUGCCCUCAGAUCCCUCCCUCACUUGGCUCCUGGCCAAGGCUUGGGUCAAAAAUUCUGACUUCCAACUGCAUGAACUGCAAGCACAUCUGCUGAAGACCCAUUUGGUGGCUGAAGUGUUUGCUGUAGCCACCAUGAGGUGCCUCUCAGGGAUGCACCCCAUCUUCAAGCUCCUGAUUCCUCACCUCCGAUAUACUCUGGAGAUUAACACUCGUGCCCGGACCAAACUCAUUUCUGAUGGGGGGAUUUUUGAUCAGGUGGUGAACACUGGUGGGGGAGGUCACCUGGAAGUCCUCCGCAGGGCAACAGCCUGUCUGACCUAUCGAUCCCUCUGCCCUCCUGAUGAUCUGGCUGACAGAGGGCUUCUGGGAAUUCCAUCAGCUCUCUAUGUCCAUGAUGCCCUCAGGCUAUGGGACAUUAUCUCCCGGUAUGUGCAAGGAAUAGUCCACCUCCAUUAUUCAGAGGACAAGGUUGUACAGAAUGACCCUGAACUACAGAACUGGUGCAGAGAGAUCACUGAGAUUGGGUUACAUGGGGCCCAGGCCCGAGGGUUUCCUGUCUCCUUCCAGUCCAGGGCUGACCUCUGCUACUUUCUCACCAUGUGCAUCUUCACAUGCACAGUCCAACACUCAGGCAUUAAUCAGGGACAGCUAGAUUGGUAUGCUUGGGUUCCUAAUGCUCCAUGUACUAUGAGGCAACCCCCACCAACUACAAAGGAUGUAACAUUGGAGAUGGUGAUGGCUACAUUGCCUAAUAUCCAACAGGCCUGUCUCCAGAUGACUAUUUCAUGGCACCUGGGUCGGUUCCAGCCAGACAUGGUGCCCCUGGGUCAGCAUAAGGAAGAAUACUUUUCAGGACCUGGGCCCAAAGCUGUGCUGAGUUUUUUCCAGGAAGAAUUGAACACUCUGGAAAAAGAGAUUGUGGCCCGUAAUAAGAAUCUAGAUCUGCCCUAUGAGUACCUGCAGCCCAGCAGAAUAGAGAACAGCAUUACCAUUUAAAACUGAA